AUGAUCUCCUCGUUGUUCUCCAGAAUUUCCAUCGCGUUCAUACGAAGGACAUUUACGACAGAUAUCUUCCAGAAGGACAGGAAGAUAAAGCUCCAAUUCCACUAUUAUGCACUUGCAAUUCGAAGAACACAUCUGGCAUCCCAUGUAUUCACAUUAUUAAGGAUGUGUCUGCUCCACCAAUCAAUCCUCUCCUUCUACUCCAAGAUCCUCUACAGGUUCGACGACGAGGGCGUCCACGAGGAGCGAGAAACUUCAUUAGCCAGUCAACCACUCAGCAAGCCACCCAGCAGAGCACCCAGGAUAUCCUCUCUUCGCCGGAUUCCCUCACUCAGGAUCGAUCCACCCGGCGAGAACCAUCAGCAUUCGAGCACGUACUAUCGCAGGAACGUGGACGUGGACGUGGACGUGGACGUGGCCGAGGACGUGGAAGGGGACGUGGAAGGGGACGUGGACGUGGAACAAGCAGUGGUGAACCUAGCAGUGGUGAACCUGCCAGUAGCCAAGGACGUGGAAGGGGACGUGAGGGUGCCUAAGAAGCAGGAUGAUCAAUAUGUAGAUUUUUAA